AUGAAACAGGGUCAUCAGCAACAGCAGCAGCAGCAGCAACAACAAUUGCAAAUAUCAAAUUUGUUCAGCUUUCAAAGACAUUUCCAUAACCUUGUUCUCUAUUUUAUGUUCUUUGGCUCUGGAUUAGUUAUCGGAGUAAGUCUAAGUUUUUAUCUAGCCGAGAAUCCCUUCAACUUGCAAUUCAAGUUAUUCUCUACCAGCCAAUCAACUCUACCACUGCCACCACCUCCACCACCUUCGCCAUCCCCUCCACCUCCUCCGCCACCUGUAUUAUGUUCUGCACCAGCACCGGUACCCGGUUCCUAUCCGCCGCCGAUAGUGUUUCCACCACCACAACCUCCAAGAUUGAUCACACUAAAAGAUUUCACGACCCCAAAAAAUUUGACGCACCAGAUGACCGAUGAGCAGUUGCUUUGGAGGGCUUCAAUGGUUCCCCGGAUCAAUGAAUAUCCAUUCAAGCGCACCCCUAAGGUUGCAUUCAUGUUUCUUGUUAGAGGAGAAUUGCCACUGGCACGUCUUUGGGAACGAUUUUUCAAAGGGCAUGAAGGGCUUUACUCCAUUUAUAUUCAUUCCUCCCCAUCUUACAACGGUACAAUGCCUGAAGGUUCAGUGUUUCAUGGCCGAAACAUCCCUAGUAAGGACGUUGAGUGGGGAAAAGUGAACAUGAUCGAAGCAGAGAGGCGUUUGCUAGCCAAUGCUUUGCUUGAUUUCUCUAACCAAAGAUUUGUUCUUCUCUCAGAAUCAUGCAUACCCUUGUUCAAUUUCUCUACAAUUUAUAAUUACCUCAUUAACUCGACCGAAACCUUUGUGGACUCCUACGAUCUACCCGGUCCAACCGGCCAAGGCCGAUAUAACAAGAAGAUGAAACCGGUUAUCAACAAAUCAGACUGGAGAAAAGGUGCCCAAUGGUUCGAAAUGGACCGGGAACUCGCAAUCCAGGUGGUUUCAGACCGGAUUUAUUUCCCAUUGUUCAAAAGACAUUGCAAGUCUAGUUGUUAUGCAGAUGAACAUUAUUUGCCAACUUUUGUUGGGAUGAAAUAUGGGAGGAAAAAUUCUGAUAGGACGUUGACUUGGGUUGACUGGUCAAAGGGUGGAGCCCACCCCCAUAGAUUCAGUAGAUAUGAGAUUACCCCUGAUUUCUUGAAUCGGAUGAGGAAUGGACAAACUUGCGAGUACAAUGGGCGGAAGACCAAUAUUUGCCACUUAUUUGCAAGGAAGUUUUCGUGGACGGCUUUGGAUAGGCUACUCAUGUAUGCUCCAAAGGUCAUGGAGUUCAACUGACAACAUAGGUAUAAAAAUAAAGGUUCGUUUUUGUGUUUGUAAGAUUCUUUGGGGGUCGAUUUUUAAUUUGUACACACAGCAAUUCAUAGUUUUGAGAGGGUUAGUGUCUGACUGUACGUG